AGUAGCGAGACGCCGUUCGUCGCGACGCACUCCGACGCCGUCACCCUGGCAGUAAAGGAAAAUCAAAGUGCAGCCUGUAUAACAUAACGCGCAGCAUCUAUAAUUCGUGCAAUUAAUUUUUGAGGGUCUGUAGUUUGCAGAGAGCGAGAAAGAGAGAGGGAGAGAGAGAUAGAGAAAGGAAUAAAACAGGAGUGAUAUCGUAUAGGAUCAAGUAAAUCAAAAAGAGUUAUAGAAGAGUUUUGAGAUAAAUUAUAGAGGCGGCAACGCGGAAAACAAGACGAACGAUACGGGGUAGAAGAACCCAAGGAAAACGACUGCGAACGAAUGCGACAGAAAUAAAUCUGCGUACUACAUACACUUCGACGAGGUAUAUCAGCUUGCUGAGAAGAAGAAUAAGAAGAGAAUAAAUAAAAAAAAAGCAACAUGUUUCCAAUGUUGGAAUCUAGAGUGUUAAUUAUUUAUCAAGUAACUAUAAUCUUGAGCCUAAAUACACUUCUGGUUCAAUGUGCCCCUUUUCUACACCAUACGACCGAUGGCUCCUGGGAUGAAAAUAUGGUGGAUUGUUCGCCGGGAGGACGAUGCUGGGAAUAUUUACAGCGACGGGAACUACCAGCUAAGCAAGAUUACUACAAUGAUCCUCUGAGAGUUCAGAGUCAACGUGAUCAAAAUUCAAUCGUUGUGCAAUCAUCUCGAGACACUUUGCUGCCAAUUAAUAGAAUAGCUAAAAAAGGUGUAUUCACCUCUCGUGGAUGGGGAGCUGGCGGAAUGCCCUUUUCUGUAUUAUACAUGAAUCCUCACAGUUCACGGUCUAACAGUAACACAGGUACUAACGAGAUUGAACCGGUGAGAGCACUUCCGUUGGAAAGCCCUGCUUUGCUACCACCACCCAGACACUCGACCAAUCGCGUAGCCUUACGAAAUGGAGCUUCUGGAAGAAGGCAGUACUCCAUAAUACCUCAGCUCUUUGUAUCUUACGGUUGGGGACCGCUUGGGAAAUAGUUAUUUACAUUUAAACGUGAAUGUGACUAAGGGACCGCGCGAUUAGAGAAAUAAUUACUGUAAUCUCACAAUACAAAGUUUGCCAAAGAAAAGUACUCUUCGUUAAUAACCGCAUCAAUAUUUGACA